AAGUGUGUCAUAAUCAUGACAUCUCAUAAUUUCGACAUUUCAUCAUGAUUUUGACUUUUUAAUUAUUUGACAUUAUGAAUUAAGACUCUUUAUCUGAUAAUUAUAAAUUGAUCAUUUUGAUUUUUCUUAGGUGGUGGAAAUGGGUUUCUGUAAAACAGCAUCAAAUUUCUGUGGUCAAACUGAGCAUGUUUUUGCAGAACAGGAACACAACAACAUGUUUUUAAUUCACUUUUUAUGUGACAUUUUAAUGUCUGAAUAAGCUUUAAUUGUCAGAAUAUCACUGUCGAAAACAUUUUCUAAUUUAGAUGGCAUUUCAGCUUCUGUUUGUUUCAUGAUGUGAAUAUCUCAACCAACCUGAACUGAUAAUGAAACUAAAGAUUUCAUGAAGAUAAAGAAACACCUGCUCAAUGAACACACAAGAAUGUGUUAUAAAUGACCUCAAAACCAGCCUGUUUUACAAAAGUCCACAUUAUAACAGUUAUAGAUGAAACAUUCCCCAUUUGUGUUAUUAUGAAUUCUACAAUAAACUUUCAAAACUUGACCUGAGUUCAUAAUAAACACAGAUGACAGUUUUAUUUGACAGGUCAGAAUGUGGCAGCACUUGUUUACAGUGAAGCGCUACUAGCGAACAGGGAAGGGAAGUUGGUUUAAUGGGAACAGGAAGACGCAAGUUUCCUUUAUGUUUUAUGUAGAUGAGCUGCUUAAGCUCCUCCCCCACAGGUAUAAAUAUGUGUGACAGGUGAUCCUGCGCUCAGAUUUCAUGCUGAUCUGACUGAAGAAACACACGAAGCUUCAUUCAUUCAGCUCCGACAGUCGUCUCAGAAUGGGCUUCGGCAGUAACGGCGAGCUGAUGGACAACAGGUCAAAGGUCGGCUUCUGCUCGGGCUCGUGUCACGCCGAGCACAUCCUGCAGGUGCUGAACGCCUACAGACGCAGCGGCACCUUCACGGACGUGGUGCUGCAGGUGGACGGCUGCGAGUUCCCGUGUCACCGCGCCUCGCUCUGCGCCAGCAGCCAGUACUUCCGCUCCAUGUUCAGCAGCCGCUUCCAGGAGAGCCGGCAGACCGUGAUCAAGCUGCAGGGAAUUUCCAGGAAGGCCAUGGAUCAGCUGCUGGACUUCAUGUACGAGGGCCGGCUGAAGCUGGACGAGGAGAACGUGGAGAGCGUCUUCCAGGCCGCCGACCUUCUGGAAGUGUCCGUGCUUUCCAGAGCCUGCGUGCAGUUCCUGCAGGAGCGCGUCUGCCACUCCAACUGCCUCGGCCUCAUGGACUUCGCCAGCUCGUACUUCCUGCAGCCGCUGCAGGAGCAGUGCCAGAAGCUGCUGUACCGCGACUUCCAGCAGGUGCUGCAGCACGACGAGUUCCUCAGCCUGCAGAAGGCGCGGGUGCUGGAGCUGCUGGCCUGCGAGCGGCUGCAGGUGAGCGAGGAGGUUCUGGUGACGGCCGUGCUCCGCUGGGUCAGCCACCGGCCGGCCGAGAGGAAAGCGGCUCUGCGGGAGCUGCUGGAGAAGCUGCGUCUCCCUCUGCUGGAUCCGGCGUUCUUCGCCGGCACGCUGGAGGCCGAUGAGCUGGUGCUGGACUGCAGGGAGAUCAGGCCGCUGCUGCAGGAGGCGCGCAUGUACCACGCGUACGGACGAGAGGUGCAGUCGGAGCGCACCAAACCCCGCCGGAGCUCUGGCUGGGCCGAGAUGAUCUUCGUUAUCGGCGGCUGUGAUAAGAACGGUUUCCCCAGACUGUCCUUCAUGGAGAAGUUGAAUCUGGCGUCAGGAGAAUGGCUUCAAGCCAACGUUCUGCCCGGCUACUCUAAAUCUGAGUUUGCAUCCUGUGAACUUCAGAACGACAUUUAUUUAUCAGGCGGGCAGCUGAACAGCGCAGACGUGUGGCGGUACAUGACGCAGCUCAAUCAGUGGGUCCGUGUCCGCGGGCUGAACAAAGGCAGAUGGAGGCAUAAGAUGGUGUCCAUGUGUGGGAAGCUGUACGUGGUCGGCGGUUAUAACGGCCGUGAGCGUCUGUCCAGCGUGGAGUGUUACAGUCCGCAUGAGAACACCUGGACGAGCGUCUCCGACCUGCUGAUGCCCGUGAGUUCUGCCGCUCUGAGCAGCUGCGCCGGGAAACUCUACGUCAUCGGAGGAGCCGUGAGCGAACACGCCAACACUAACCAGGUGCAGUGUUAUGACCCGCUGAUGAACAGAUGGUCGUAUGUGGCGAACUGUCCGUUCUCUCAGCGCUCCAUCAACGCCGUCACACUCAACGGCUGCAUCUACGUGACCGGAGGAUUGCUGGAUCAGAUCUUCUGUUACUCGCCCAGUAAAGACUGCUGGAGUUCAGCUGCGGUGCUGCCCAUCAAACUGGAGGGCUGCGGACUGACCGCGUGUGACGGGAAGGUUUAUGUCGUCGGCGGUCGGAACGAGUCUUCCGCUGCCGUUGAUCAGAUCUGGGCGUUUGAUCCAGUGAGCGGCAGACUGACGGAGGAGAAGCCGCUGUCGCGCUGCCUGAGUUAUCACGGCUGUGUGACCGUUCUGCAGCGACUCUGACGGACACGAGCUCUUCAUGGACUAUAACUGAGGCGUUUAGUUCAACUAGAUUUAGUUUCAGAUGUUCUGACAUGAUCCGAUCCACUGCGCUCGACUGACAAUCAUGAAAAACUCUGGAAUGCACAUGAAUUUAACACUCAUAUUGUUGGUUAUAAAGUGUAAUCUGAUGAUGUUUCCAUCUGCCGUUGGUGGAAUCACAAGCAAAAAACAACUCUGUGUCGCUCACUGCUGGAAAUCCCAAUGUGAAACUGAAAAACUUUAUACUGUGAAUGUUUUUAACCUCUGUGUUUGUAAAGUUAUAUGUGUUUAAAUAAAGUUUGUAUCAUUUUA